UGCUGCAGCUAGGGGUUUGUCUGGUUCUCUGGAGCAAGCCCGAAGCACCGGAAGGCGGCGGUAGGCGGCAGGCCAAGGAGCAGAGGCGUGUAUGUAGGGCCAGGCCAACCUGCAGCUUCAGAUUCCACACACCACUUUCUCGAGAGACUUUCUCUCAGGUUUUCAGCCAGUGUUUCUUCAGUUAGCCCUGGAGGAGAGGGAAAGCGAGCGAGCGAGUGAGCUGAUGCCGGAGUCUUGCAUGGAGGCUGGGGAGAUUCUUCCUUUCAGGGCGCUUUCUCUUUCUCGUGGGAGCUGAAGCCAAGGCAGCUGUGACAGCGGCCAGCAUGGCCAGGGCACUUCUCUCCUCCUCAGUCAGCGCUCCACGUCUCUCAGCCGGGUUCUGAGUCUCAGCAUGGAAGCCACAAUGAAAGACGGAACACGUUUCGACACCCAGUGACUGGCCAGGUCCCGGAGGAGAACAAAAAGUUUGACUUGAAAACAUCGGCCUUGGACAUGUCCAACAAAACAGGUGGGAAACGUUCUGCUACCAUCAACAGCGACAUAUCCAACCACAACAUGGUGUCCGAGGUUCCUCCAGAGCGGCCCAACAUCCGGGCGACUCGAACUUCCCGCAAAGCCAUUGCCUUUGGUAAGCGCUCCCACUCCAUGAAGCGGAACCCCAGUGCUCCUGUCACCAAGGCGGGCUGGCUCUUCAAACAGGCCAGCUCCGGGGUUAAGCAGUGGAACAAGCGCUGGUUUGUUCUGGUGGACCGCUGCCUCUUCUACUACAAAGAUGAGAAGGAGGAGAGCAUCCUGGGCAGCAUCCCCCUGCUGAGCUUCCGGGUUGCUGCCGUCCAGCCCUCAGACAACAUCAGCCGGAAGCACACAUUUAAGGUGACUGUUCACUGGGUAGAUGAGGCCGGAGCCAGUUCCACGCACUGCCUCUCCCCGCAGGCCGAGCACGCCGGAGUCCGCACCUACUUCUUCAGUGCCGAGAGCCCUGAGGAGCAGGAGGCCUGGAUCCAGGCCAUGGGCGAGGCUGCUCGGGUACAGAUCCCUCCAGCCCAGAAGUCAGUGCCUCAACCUGUGCGCCACAGCCACGAGAAGCCAGACUCGGAGAACAUCCCCCCCAGCAAGCUCCAUCAGCAGCCACCUCACCACAGUCUCGCCAAGCCGGAGCCUGAGGCCAAGACUCGGGGGGAGGGGGACGGCAGAGGCUGUGAGAAGGCCGAGCGGAGGCCGGAGAGGCCCGACGUCAAGAAAGAGCCUCUAGUGAAAGCCAAUGGCCUCCCACCUGGACCUGAACCAGCCUCAGAGCCUGGCAGUCCUUACCCCGAUGGCCCGAGGGUCCCAGGAGGUGGGGAACAGCCUGCCCAACCCAAUGGCUGGCAGUAUGGCUCCCCAAGCCGACCAGGAAGCACAGCUUUCCCACCUCAUGAUGGGGACGCUGGGGGACACCGGCGGAGCUUUCCACCACGUACUGACCCCGACAAAAUUGCCCAACGCAAAAGCUCCAUGAAUCAGCUCCAGCAGUGGGUGAACCUGCGCCGGGGGGUGCCCCCACCCGAAGACCUUCGGAGUCCUUCAAGGUUCUACCCUGUGUCCCGCCGGGUCCCUGAUUAUUACAGCCCCUACUCUUCCCAGUACCCUGAGGAUUACCAGUACUACCCUCCAGGAGUGCGGCCAGACAGCAUCUGUUCCAUGCCAGCCUAUGAUAGGAUUAGUCCACCCUGGGCCCUGGAGGACAAGCGGCACUCCUUCCGUAAUGGGGGUGGACCCACUUACCAGCUUCGUGAAUGGAAGGAGCCCACCAGCUAUGGGCGGCAGGAUGGCACUGUUUGGAUCCCCAGCCCCUCCCGACAGCCAGUCUAUUACGAUGAGCUGGAUGCUGCCUCUGGCUCCCUGCGACGCCUGUCCUUGCAACCCCGGUCCCACUCUGUGCCCCGCUCGCCCAGCCAGGGUUCCUACAGCCGUGCCCGCAUCUACUCCCCCGUGCGCUCGCCUAGUGCCCGUUUUGAUCGGCUGCCACCCCGCAGCGAGGACAUCUACGCAGACCCUGCUGCCUAUGUGAUGAGGCGAUCCAUCAGCUCCCCAAAGUAUGAUUACCUGGGAGACAGGCGGCCAGUCCCUGCAGGACUGUUCCCCUACAACUACCCACCAUCCCCCACGGUCCACGAUAAGAUGGAUGAACUGUUAGAUCUUCAGUUGCAAAGAAACCUAGAGUAUUUGGACCAGCAGAUGAGUGAGAGCGAGACUCUCAUCAGCAUGGUGAACCGUAUGGUGGGGAGCUCCUCCCCCAGGGCCCAGCUCUUCAUGCAAGUCCCUGCAUACCCAGAGGUGUUCCGGGAUGGCCUCCACACCUUCAAGUUAAACGAGCAAGACACGGAUAAGCUGCUGGGCAAGCUGUGUGAGCAGAGCAAGGUGGUGAGGGAGCAGGACCGGCUGGUGCAGCAGUUGCGCGCGGAGAAGGAGAGCCUGGAGAGUGCCUUGAUGGGGACCCACCAGGAGCUGGAGAUGUUCGGGAGCCAGCCUGCCUACCCAGAGAAGCUGCUGCACAAAAAGGAGUCUCUACAGAACCAGCUCAUCAACAUCCGCGUGGAGCUGUCACAGGCGACCACGGCUCUGACCAACAGCACAGUGGUGUAUGAGAACCUCGAGUCUGAGGUCUCUGCCCUACAUGAAGACCUCUGGGAACAGCUCAACUUGGACAUCCAGAAUGAGGUGCUCAGUCGGCAAAUUCAGAAGGAGAUCUGGAGGAUCCAAGACGUGAUGGAAGGGCUGAGGAAGAACAACCCAUCUCGGGGGACGGACACAGCCAAGCACAGAGGAGGACUCGGCCCCUCAACUACCUAUAGCUCCAACAGCCCAGCCAGCCCCCUCAGCUCUGCCAGCCUUACCAGUCCCCUGAGCCCCUUUUCAAUGGUGUCUGGUUCUCAGGGAUCUCCAACCAAGCCAGGGUCCAGCGAGGAACCUGGCCCACCUCGGCCGCCCCUCCCCAAAGCCUACGUCCCCUUGGACUCUCCCCCCACGGUCCCUCCACUCCCUAGUGAGAGCCGCUUCUGGCCAUACCCCAACUCCCCUUCCUGGCAUCACAGUGGCGAGACAGCCAGGGGUCAGCCCAAAACAGGCUAUGAGCCAAACAAGAAAGACCCCGACCAGACAUCACCCCUGGAUCCUCCCAGAGACAUCAGCCUUGUGCCCACCAGACAAGAGGUGGAGGCAGAGAAACAGGCAGCUCUCAACAAAGUUGGCAUCGUGCCCCCUCGGACAAAAUCUCCUGCUGAGGAAGAGAUGACUCCAUCAGCAGUAAUGAGGAGGACAACCAAUGGCCUCACCAAUGGCCUCUCCUCACGGCAGGAGCGCCCCAAGAGUGCUGUGUUCUCCGGAGAGGGCAAGGUGAAGAUGAGCGUGGAGGAGCAGAUCGACCGGAUGAGGCGGCAUCAGAGUGGCUCCAUGAAGGAAAAGCGGAGGAGCCUACAGCUCCCAGCCAGCCCAGCUCCGGAACCUAGCGCCCGGCCUGCCUACAAAGUGGUGCGCCGUCACCGCAGCAUCCACGAAGUGGACAUCUCCAACCUGGAGGCAGCCCUGAGGGCCGAGGAACCUGGCGGCCAGGCCUACGAGACACCACGGGAGGAAAUUGCCCGGCUUCGCAAAAUGGAGUUGGAGCCCCAGCACUACCACGUGGACAUCAGUAAGGAGCUCUCCACUCCAGACAAAGUCCUCAUUCCUGAACGGUACAUUGACCUGGAACCAGACACCCCCUUGAGCCCCGAGGAGUUGAAGGAGAAGCAGAGGAAAGUGGAGAGGAUCAAGACGCUCAUUGCCAAGUCCAGUAUGCAGAACGUGGUGCCCAUCGGCGAGGGGGACUCUGUGGACGUGCCCCAGGACUCAGAGAGCCAGCUGCAGGAGCAGGAGAAGCGGAUUGAAAUCUCCUGUGCCCUGGCGACCGAGGCCUCCCGCAGGGGCCGCAUGCUGUCUGUGCAAUGUGCCACCCCAAGCCCUCCCACCUCCCCUGCUUCCCCGACUCCACCCGUCAACCCCCCACCGUCUGAACGCCCCGUGGGCGCCGACAGCAGCCAUACCAUGCGGGUCUGAGCUCUGACUGCAAGCCCUGGCCGAGGCCAACGCUGUGAAGCUCCACAGAGCCACCUUCUGAUAGCACAUCCGGGACGCCGGCUCCUCAUCCUGGCCUCCUGCCCUUGCACCCACCGCGAGAAUGCCCCAGGGAGCCAGGCUGGGGCCAGGCCUGCUUCAGAAAGGAGCAUGGAUGCCUUGAAAGCCACAUCUGCUGCCCGUGUCCUGAAGCCUGUACUGGCGUGCCAAGACCUGGGAUGGCAAGGCCAAGGGUCAUCCUCUCUGAUGCCCCCCGGUCACAGGGAGUUCAAGUGCGGUUCCGGAUGGCACUGUGUGGCCCUCUUGCACCCUAACCUGAUGGAGAGCGUGUCCUGGUGGGAGCAGGCCCUCGGCUAUGGGUGAGGACAGGAAGUGAAGACAAGACAGACUGUCUACCCCUUGGAACCCACACAACACAGUGAGAGAGAGGCCAGCUCUUGCCAUCCUCUUCCUCCCCUCCCGUCCCAGCUGCCUCAGCGAUGCCCAGGGCUUUGACACGGCGAUGCUGAUGGGUUUCCCUGGAGACCAGCUGCCCUGCUUGAGCCAAAGAGAAGAUGAUGAGUGCCAGGGGGGCGGCCCCCGGGUUCCUGGAGGGGUCAGGUGUGGGUGGUGUGGAUAGAGGACAGCAGGUCUGCGCAGUGUCUGAGGGCAAGUUGGAAGUGGGAGUGGACGGAAGAGGAGAGAGGCUUGGAGACUGAAGGGAGGGGGAAGUCGGACGCUUUCCACAAGCAGUGGGGAUGUAAGGAAGGAGAGGAAAUGGGAAGGGAGAGUAGGAAUGUCUUCCCUAGAGUGGAGCCUUAGGUUAGUGCCAAGCAGAGGACCUGACUGUCACCUAAGUACGUUCACGUCUUCCUCAGGAGCGGGUGGCCCAGGAGGACUCGCCGGGCACACGUCAGCCCCAGCCGAGGUGCUUGGUGGGAAGGUGUGGAGGAGGCGGGUGUUAGGGUGAGACAGCCUGGGAGAUGGUCCAUCUGUGUCGAGGCCUGCUGUUCGUCUCUCCCCGAGGGUCAUGGGCAGAGAGGACUGUCUUACUGUCUGUCUAUCUGUCGUCUGUCUGUCCGUCAGCCUUGGGGCCUUACCUCGCCAGUUUCUUGACCCACUCAAACCUGGAGAGUACUGUGGGCCCGCCCAGGGUUAGCCCCAGGAAGAGGGAAUGGGGAUUUAAAUGUGAGGCCAGGCUCUGGGUCCUAACUCACCUCAGGUAUCCAGAGCAGGACCAGAGGCUGGGCUUUCUUAUAACCCACCUACCCAGGGAGGACAGGACAGGGCGAGACGGGAACAGAGUAGAGUCUUUCUCUAUUCCACCUACCUUGAGUGAACGCAGCCAGAGAGCAGCGAAGGAAGGCCGGCUGCAGACGCCAGUCUCCAGGCCUGCCCUGCCGCACUGGCUGCCCAGAGACUUCAGCCUGAGCAUCAGUGGUCCCAAGACACAACUGCAUCAUCUCCCGUCGAUCCAUCGCUGCUCCUUCGUGGUUGGGACAGUCACUAGUUUAUGUGCAAGUAAAGAUGACGGCUCAUUCCACAGAUGCUCGUCAAGCACUUUUUGUGUGCCAGGUACUGAUGUUCCAGGUGUUUAGGAGAUUGUCUUGCUUCUGAGGGACUCUGGAUCGCAGGAGUCCACCCAUAGGCACCCUGUCAGGCCUGGAAAGUGCUCCUCGGUGACAUUCCCUAUCUGCACAGUCCAAGCACCCCAAACCUGCCCUUUCUUCCUCAAAGACUGGUAGAUGGGAACAGCUCCCAGGUUAGCUCUCUCCCCAUACCCUCUUCCACAAGAAACAGAGUUCUUAGGGCUUUCCUGUCUUCGUCUCUCCUUUUUUUAAAAAGUGGUAUUUUUAGAAAUACACAUAAAAUACCAAGAAACGUCUGGGCCUCUUCCACCGCUCAUCCCGUGUUUCAUAAAGCUGGCUCUUUAUGUUGCUUUUCAUGCCUUAAUAUAUGUUUUAUGGAAGUGAUCAUGUCAUAGAUACCCAUGUAAUAUAUAUAUAUACAUCUAUAUCUAUUUGUCUGGAUGUCAAUCCUUUCUCAACUCCUGCCCAGACCUGUUUUCUGUCCACGCCAUUCUUAGCACAUUGAAACCACGCCCCCUGCCUUUUGAUCCAAAGAAGGAGAGAGGAAAGAUUUAUUUUAAGGCAGACCUAUUUUAUGCUUUUGUUUAAGAGCAGAUCUAUUUUCAAAACGUGCAAUGUCUGAAAGGGAUUGGUGACGUGCGAGGAGACCGAGGUGGCUGUCCCUGGUCUGGGUCUCUGCCCUCCCCUCUGCCCUGGCGGCUUUCUUCCCCUUACCCAGUCAUUGUAAAGGGCUGGUCCCCAGGCUCCUCCCAUCUGCAUCCUGCGGGAGCAGGACAUGUCUUUGAAAGUCCUGGUCUAAGAACUUGAUUUCACUGUCAGCUUUGGAAGGCAGCCCAAGGGUUGCCAGGCAUGUGGGUCUCCUGAAGGAAAUGUUUAUGACUGCAGACAUGCAGUCCUCACACGGGCCCCUGGACCGCCUCCCCUCAUCCCUCUGUGAGGAAAGGCCAGCAGGUUGCUGGCAGCAGGCACUGGCUAGCCAGUUUGAAGGAUGUCAGUCACAAGGUGAAGCCCAGAGAUCCUUGGUGAAGCUUGGGAUCCUCUGUGUUCUUUGGUGAAUGCUAUGAGUUCCUAGGCCUCUCCUACACUUUCUCUGGAGCCCACUCUGGGUCAUGCUGGUUUCCCCCUAGGACUUUCCUUUCUGGGAGUCAUUCUGUCAUUGGUCUAGCAUCCAGCCUCAUUCUUGGCUGGGGAGGGCUCCACAGCCAAUGUCACAUCUCAGUCUUUCCCAAGAAGAAAGACUCUGUGCUUUGACAGGCUGUGGGCUUGAGUUCUGGCCUGUGCUAGCUCAGCCUUCCAAACUUGCUUCCUGACAGGUGAAGUGAGCAAGGAGGUUCUAGCCUUGCAAGGAUUUGGGUAGGAUGGAGACCUCACCCCAGAUCUGAAAUGAUGUGUUUGGGAAUUUUACAACACUUCUGGCCAGCCUUUGGUACCUGAUCUCCAACUCUGGCAUUUUUGGCCCUCUUCCCAGCCUUGAGUCUCUUGCUAUGAAUGAAUAGGGCCCAGACAUAAGCCUAGGGCUAGGCACUCCUUCUAGGGAAAGUCCUGGCUACCCACAUAGGGCCUUCCCAAUUCACGCGUUACCUCCACCACCAAAAACCAAGAGGCUGCGAUCAAAUACUGCUACUGUCACUUUAAAGACUUCUGAGGGAGCAAGCUUGCAAGCAGCAGGUCUGCUCUCCUGCCUUUAUGGAAGGCAUGUUCUUGGAGGCAGGGCUACGACUGCAAGAUGGAAUCCUUUCCUUCCCCAUUAGGCACCCUCCUCCUGGCAGCUCUUAAAACUAAGAAAAAUAUACUAUAUAUAAAUAUAUAUAUAUACAUAUCUAUUUAUGCACAUAUUUGGGGCCAAUUUGAUUUGCUAGUGUUAGACAAUAAACCAUACAAGGAAAUUUAUGAUCUCAGUGUCUUUAUUUAGUAUGAAAGUGACCUUAGACAAAGUUAAGGUUAGAUGAACAGCGUCUCUGUUGGGACCACAUGGCCGUAGGCAUCCCCUGAGCAUUCGUCUAGCUGCUCAUCGUCCCCUGGAGAAGGGGCGCCUGGCUGAGGUAGGUGAGAGCUUGCUCCCUCCUUUCGGUGGCAAUCUUACUAGAUUAGGUACUAAAGAACCCCAACGAGCUGUGCAUUUGUAUCUUGCAAGUUUGUAUAAACCAAUACCGGGAAUAAAACGACUGGUUUGUA